AUGGUGGAGGAUAAGGUGGAUCGUGGCAAAACUGAUCGGUUAACUAAUUUUAGACCGGAGACUUUCUCCAAAAAACAUCAUCCCAACUCAACAUCUUUCAAAUUGGCCGCCUUUUUCAAAACUCGAUCGUUGCCAAAAAUUUUUGAAAUCGACAAAUAUAGCUUUCUAGCAAUGAUUCAACGAUUGAUUUAUCAUGACGCGUAUAUCCUCAACACACUACUGAUGUUUUCUGCAUGGGGUCCUGAAAUUGAAUCCAUGAAAAAUGAAAAACAAUCUCGUCAAAGGAAACUUCUGGUAACAUCAUACGCAAUAGAACAAUACAGCGCCCACAACAUGGCAGCAUUCCAAAUUCUGUCAGUUGUAGCUGUCAUAUUCCUGUCAGUUGCUUGUAUAGCAUUUAUCCUGGGAGUAACAUCUUAUAACUGGAUUGUAAUAACAGUGACCGUAAAAUUCGAUUCUAUUGUUCAACUGAUGGCAAAUAAAAACAAUUCCACACCGUAUAACAGAGUGAUUGCUACCCCACCAAACAGUGGUGACCCACAUGGAGGAGAAAUGCUACUGAAUAAGUCAGUUACUAAAAAAAUUACUGAAUUUAUAAACGAAGAUGGUGUUUAUGAAGGCAUAACUCUUGAAUGCAAAACAAACUUUGGGUUAAAAGAAAUAUGUGUUUCAGUACAGCUAACAAAAGGCAAAGACAAGUUGAUUGAGGUUAAUCGAAAAAUUCAAGAGAAUAUGGGCGAUAUGUUACAAUGUCACAGCAAGGAGAAAAUGAAAUCAAUCUUCAUUACAAAUAGUUUUGUCGGGAUAUUAGCAAAAGAGGAGAUUGACAUUUACUUUAAGGCACUCGAUGAUGCCUAUUUAUGCAUGGCUAUUGCCGUCAUUUUUACAAUAUUGGCAUUGAUUACUUCAUUCACAAAAGUUCCAUGUUGUCAUGUUUCAAAGAAACACAUAACUUUAACUUUUACUGUUCUUUUCAUUGGACUAUCAGCUUCUUCUGGAAUCGCUUGUAAAAUCAUUUUACGAGAAAAUAUCAAAGUUCAGGAACACUAUGACCAGAUAACAAGCCAUUUAAAAACGACAUUGACAAUUGGAAAUGAAAGUUUUCGAAAUCUUCUGGAUGCCAUGACAAUGUCAGAACGUAUUGGGUAUUCCUAUGUCGUUUCCUGUAUCGGUGUAGUGGUUCUCCUUGCAGCAAUUGUGGUGAAUGUAAUUGAGUUAGUCAGUGCAAAGAGAAACAGAGAAGAUUAUUACGAAAUGACUCUCCUCGGAAGAGAUAGCAAUAAGCAUUAAAUAUCUUUUUUAUGCCAAAAUUUGAUUCACGUAGGUGUGAUUGCAUUUUCUCAGGAUUAACGUCUAUCUACUCACGUAAUGCAAAGCAUUUAAAUAUUGCAUGGUAAUUAGAAUCAGAAUUGUAUGUUAAAUUCCUUCACUUUAACCAAGGAUUCACUUGCAGCCUAACUUAUCUUAACAAUAUGUAGUUGGCAGUGUUUAAUAAAAACUUAUAACGCCUGGUAAUCAAAAAGGAAGCUGAAGAAAAAAAACGUUUGCGAAAUUAAAGCUUACUAAAAAGGACCUCAAGAAUCAUUCAAAUUGUGAAAUAAAAUAUUAAAAAGCGCAUAUUUUUAUUCACGAUGAGGAAUUCAAGAUUGCGAACUAUUAACCCUGAAUUGCCAUUGCUUUGCCAAAUGUAAAGUUUUGUAUUAACCUAGUAUUCUCUACGAAAUAUCUUUUCUCAAGCAUUGGCGAAGCAGUUACCAUAAUAAAUAAAAAAGAAUAGCUGGGUUUAGCCAUGAAUAAAUGGGUGACCCAGUCAGCGAAAAGGCGCUUUAGUACAGCUAUGCACCAUGUCGUAAAUUGUGUUUCAGGUGUAUUGUAUUUUUAAAAAAAUAACUUUCCUGAAUCUUUAGCCGAAAUGAAAUGACAUUAUAAAAACCUGUUGUUACCCCCAUGAUAGCAAAAGCAAACGCUAAAUUUUUUACAUUUGGCGAAAAAAAAUUCUGCGAAGUUUAAAAACUUAUCAUGACACCAAGCUGAGCACUUAGUCAAGGUAAAUGGUGUUGCUCAUCUGUAUAGCCGUAAUACCCUUUUAAUAAAACAUUAUGCAAAUUCGGUUUAAGUAAAAGUAAAGGAAACAGCGCGUUGCUACCCCGUCUAGUUAAAAUAAUUGCUCAGCAAAUAUUUUUAUUAUUAUUAUUAUUAUCAUUCAUAUUUAUAAAGAUAUACAAUAUAAAUGUUAUCAAUGAGAGACCUGUAAUUAAUUUGGUGGAAUAAGUUUUCAUGAUAGAAACAAAAAGUGUAGCUAAUAAUUUUGUUGCAGCCAAA